AUGCGAACGUCUGCCGGCUCCUUCUUUCUAGCAGUCUUUGCACUGCUAGGCUCAUCCCAGGCUGCCUCUUCGAAUCCAGCCAUCUGUCCCGUUGAGCCUGGUGCCACAGUAUCCGAUGCUUGCGCUUCGUACGCCGACCUUGACACUCUCAACACUCGUCUGAACCCCGCCCUUCAUGAUCUCGUGUCCAAGACCGAUUUCUUCUCCUACUACCGCCUGAACCUGUAUAACAAGAAGUGUCCGUUCUGGUCAGACGAUGAGGGUCUCUGUGGCAACAUUGCCUGCGCCGUCACCACGCUUGAAAACGAAGAAGACGUUCCCGAGAUCUGGAGAGCUGAAGAGCUCAGUAGACUCGAAGGCCCCAAAGCACACCACCCUGGCAAGAAAGAGCAACGGGAGUUAGAGAGACCGCUUCACGGAGAACUCGGCGAGGAUGUCGGCGAAAGCUGUGUUGUCGAGUACGAUGACGAGUGCGACGAAAGAGACUACUGCGUUCCUGAAGAUGAGAGCGCAAGUGCCAAGGGCGACUAUGUCAGUCUGCUCGACAACCCAGAGCGCUUCACAGGAUACGCUGGUGAGGGUGCUCACCAGAUCUGGGAGGCCAUCUACCGCGAGAACUGUUUCUCCAAGCCGAGUUCGAGUGCACAAAGCCAGGGAGCUGGUGGUCUGGCCCCUCCCUUUGGUGGUUUCUCGGGCAUGCAGGGUCAAGCUGCACAGGAUCUUAGGUCUGUCAUGAAAGAGCAUGGUCGUCAGCUGGCUUCGCAAGAAGGCAAGUUCGAGGAUAACAUGGAGUUUGAUGACGAGUGCCUUGAGAAGCGCGUCUUUUACAGAGUGAUUUCUGGAAUGCAUGCCUCCAUCUCCACCCAUCUGUGCUACGACUACCUCAACCAGUCCACUGGCAAAUGGGGCCCCAACCUGGAGUGCUACAAGCAGCGCCUUCACAACCAUCCCGAGCGCAUCUCGAACCUCUACUUCAACUACGCUCUUAUGGCCAGGGCCGCUGGCAAGCUUAAGGAUUAUGUCCAGGACUACACUUUUUGCACUGGCGACCCAAAGCAGGACAAGCGUACCAAAGACAUGGCUUUGAAGGUUGCUAACACCAUCCCCGCUGGCCCUGAAAUCUUCGACGAGAGCGUCAUGUUCCGUGAGAAUCCACUGGGCGACACCGGGAUCAGCCUCAAAGAGGACUUCCGCAACCGUUUCCGUAAUGUUAGUCGCAUCAUGGACUGCGUUGGCUGCGACAAAUGCAGGCUUUGGGGCAAGCUCCAGACUGCAGGUUACGGCACAGCCUUGAAGAUCCUGUUCGACUUUAACAACGACCAGCCUGCUUCAGCCCUCAAGAGGAUCGAGCUGGUUGCCUUCUUCAACACUUUGGACAAAGUCAGCAAUGCCAUCAAAGCACUCGGUGACUUCCAGCGCAUGUUGGCCGAAGAGAAAGGUGUUCCAGUUCCCGAGACUGUUGUCGAGAAAGAACAACAGCAGCAAGACGUCGCUGAGGAAGACGAGCUCGACGAUGAUGAUGCUUGGGAGAAGCCUAAGCCGCCACCACUCUCAGAAUGGCAAAAGACCAAGGCAGAAAUCAAUCUGGUAUGGUCGGCCACAAAGUUCAUCCUCAAGAGUUGGAUCGAGAUUCCUCAGACAAUUUUCAUCAUCCUCAUCACGGAGCUUUGUAGAUUGUGGCAGCGAUGGCUGGGUCUUGAAAUCACCCCACGCUCAUGGGAGUUCCGCUUGCCCACCACCGAUGAGCUAUAG